UCAUACCUACUAGCACUGCUUGCUACAAGUGUUCACUCAGUGCAGCUCAUCCAGUCCAGAAACCCAAAAGAGCUGCUUUAAACAUUCUCAUAGCUGAGCACUGGGCGUCGGCGCCACCAUGGGUACUGCUCUGUGCCUGGCACUGGCGGUGCUGCUACUGCUGCUUGUCAAUGAUCCGGUGUUGGUGGCCGCCGACGACGGCGUCGACGAGCAGCUGCUGGAGCGGUUCAAGGCGGCGGUACGGAACCACGGGGAGCUGGGGGGGUGGACCCGUGGCGACGGCGCGUGCAGUUUCCCUGGUGCCGCGUGCGUCAGGGGAGGGAAGAGGCUCGUGUCGCUGUCCCUCUCGGGUGUCCCACUUGACGUCGAUUUCCAUACCGUCGCCGGCACACUGCUGCGGCUGGGUGGUCUCGAGGUCCUCAGAUUGCGAGGCGCCAACAUCAGCGGCUCGCUCGCAAGUGGCAGCGGCCCCGGAGGGUGGUGGUGCAGCCAGAGGCUGGCACAGCUGGACCUGUCCGGGAACGGCAUGCUGGGUGGAUCCGUCGCCGACGUCCGCGCGCUCGCUGGCGCGUGCGACGGGCUGAGGGAGCUGAACCUUUCGGGUAACGCACUCGUUGGCGGUGGCAACGCGAAGGGAGGUGGCGGGGACAUUUUUGCCCGCCUGGAUGUUCUAGACCUGUCGGACAACAACAUCACCGGCGACGGUGAUCUCAGCUGGAUGGGGGGAGUCCGCCGGCUGAACCUUGCCUGGAACUCGAUCUCCGGGCCACUCCAGGUCCCGGCGUUCACCAACUGCUCCAGGAUGGAGUCACUUGAUCUAUCCGGAAAUUUAAUCUCCGGCGAGGUGCUGCCCGGGGUCUUGUCCGGCUGCACUGCUCUUGUUUCGCUCAACCUCUCCAGCAACCACUUGAAGGGCGCUUUUCCGCCGGACAUCACGCUGCUCGCGUCGCUCUCCUACCUCAACCUGUCGAACAACAACUUCUCUGGUGAGCUCCCUGGCGACGAACUCGCUGAGCUCCCACGGCUCUCGUGGCUCACUCUAUCACUCAACCACUUCCAUGGCUCCAUGCCUGACUCUCUAGGUCGGCUUGCCAAUCUGAGGAUGCUGGACUUCAGCUCGAACGAGCUCUCCGGCGCUAUACCAUCCUCACUCUGCCCCAACACCGGCUCCAAGUCCAAGCUCGAGGUGCUCUACCUGCAGAACAACUACUUUACCGGCGGCAUCCCGGCGACGAUCUCCAACUGUGAAAGCCUCGAGUCUUUAGACCUCAGUCUCAACUACAUCAAUGGCUCCAUCCCCACAUCCGUCGGCAGCCUUGCUCGUCUCCGUGACCUCAUCCUGUGGGAGAACAAAUUGGAGGGUGAGAUUCCAGUGUCGCUCGGUGGUGCUCUCGGACUCGAGCACCUCAUCCUCGAGUACAACACGCUCACUGGCAGCAUCCCGUCGGAAUUGAUGAACUGCAGGAAUCUGAAAUGGAUAGCGCUCGGGAGCAACCGGCUCUCUGGGUCGGUGCCGGCUUGGCUGGGGCGGCUAGACAACCUUGCAAUCUUGAAGCUCAACAACAACUCCUUCUCAGGGCGUAUACCGCCGGAGCUAGGAGACUGCAAGAGUUUAAUUUGGCUCGAUCUGAACGACAACCAGCUAAGCGGAUCGAUACCACCGGAGCUGGCGAGGCAGUCCGGGAAGGUGGCUAUCGGCUUCAUGAUAGUGCGGCCACAUAUAUACUUGCGCAACGACGAGCAGAGCAGCAAAUGUCGCGGCGCGGGGAGCCUGCUUGAGAUCGGCGGCGUCCGUUUGGAGCAACUAAACCGGAUGGCUAGCAAGAAUACGUGCAACUUCACACGGGUAUACAUCCUGGAUAGCGGAGAGCAUACUUUGAAAAGCAAUGGCUCCAUUAUAUUCUUGGACCUGUCCUUUAACAAGCUUGACUCCGAGAUCCCCAAGGAACUUGGUAAGAUGAACUAUCUAGCGAUCAUGAAUCUUCGGCAAAAUCGACUUUCUGGUGCCAUCCCAGCAGAGCUUGCAGGUUCCAAGAAUUUAGGUAUGCUUGACCUGUCACACAACAAGUUGGAAGGCCCAAUCCCCAGUUCAUUUUCUUUGCUAUCAUUGUCGGAGAUUGAUCUAUCAUACAAUAGGCUGAAUGGACCAAUACCGGAGAUGGGAUCCCUUGCCACUUUCCCGGAGAGCCAAUAUGCAAACAACUCUGGCUUGUGCGGCUUCCCUCUGCCUCCAUGCCAACCAUUUUUGAAACCCCAAGGUAGUGCUUCAGUAGUAAGUACCACUUCCAGUAAUAAGUACAACCUUCUAAUAAUCCUACUCUCAGCUGUCACGCUAGCUUUUGUCAUUAUUGUAAUUUUAUUGUACUGCAUAUCGUGGAGAAAUAAAGUCAACAACGGCAAGACCAAAUCUUCCAAUGACCUGACAGCUCCAGCAAGCCAUCAGUUAGUCUCACACCUAGAGCUUGUUCGUGCCACUGGUAAUUUCAGUGAAGAUUACAUGUUGGGAUAUGGAGGCCACGGAAAGGUAUUCAAGGGACAACUGAGCGAUGGUUUGACGGUUGCAAUAAAGGUUCUUGACAUGCGGUCCACGUGUGCCAUUAGAAGCUUCGAGGCCGAGUGUCGUGUGCUCCGCAUGGCGCGGCAUCGCAACUUGAUACGGAUAAUCACCACAUGUUCUAACAUGAAUUUCAGAGCGUUGGUGCUACAAUACAUGCCAAAUGGCAAUUUAGAGACAUUGCUUCACUGCUCACAACAGGGCGAAACACAAUUCGGGUUCCGUGAGAGACUGUGCGUUAUGCUUGAGGUGUCAAUGGCAAUGGAAUAUCUACACCAUGGUUACCAGGAAAUCGUCUUGCACUGCGACUUGAAGCCAAGCAAUGUGUUAUUUGACGAGGACAUGAUGGCGCAUGUGGCAGAUUUUGGCAUUGCAAGACUACUACAAGCUGAUGAUAACUCUGUGUUCUCCAUUAACAUGCAUGGCACUAUUGGGUACAUGUCACCAGAGUAUGGGUCAUACGGAAAAGCUUCACGAAAGAGCGAUGUGUUCAGCUACGGAAUCAUGCUCCUUGAAGUCUUUACUGGCAAGAGGCCAACGGAUGCUAUAUUUGUUGGAGAACUGAGCCUUAGACGAUGGGUUCAUCAAUUGUUUCAGGCAGACCAACUUGUCCAUGCCAUAGAUAGACGGGUACUGCAAUGCCUUGACAUGGACAUUAGCUUUCUUGUGCCAAUACUAGAGGUUGGUUUGCUCUGCUCCAGUGACUCACCUGAAGAUAGGAUAACUAUGAGCGAUGUAGUCUUAAGGCUGAAGAACGUCAAAACAGAGUACACCAAACAUAUAUCGUCUACAUUAGGAAGUGUGUCACAAUGAUUGGUCAACCUUGCUUCGUGGCUGCAUGAGGAACUGUUUCGGAGAAAGAAAAAGGACAGAGCAAUA